UUCUUUUUUGCCAACGUCCGUCCCCCCCCCCCCCUCUCUCCAGUAAAUCCAACAUCUCUCCUCCGGCGAAGUAACAUGGCUGCAGCUGUGGGCAAGGACGAAGAGUAUGAUGUAUGGGGAAAACCCAGAAAAGCAGCUGAUGAUUUGUACGAGAUUAGAGACACUUUUUUCCCUCUAAACCCAGAUGAUAAAACAUCUAAACUUCAACACGAAUCAGAUCUCGCUCUCAAGCUCCUCGAUUCCAUUCCUGCUGAACAAAGAAAAUUGCCUGUACAGCGCGCAACAUACGAGUAUUUGAGAGGGAAGAUAUUAGAUGCUGUACCUGACUAUAGGAAAGAAGCAGAGGACCAUCUCUCGAAAGCAGUUAAACUGAAUCCAUCUCUUGCAGAUGCAUGGCUCUGUUUGGGUAACUGCAUUUGGAAGAAGGGAGAUUUUACUUCAGCUAAGAACUGCUUUAAUCUUGCACUUAGCAAGGGUCCAAAUAAGAAGAUUCUGUGCCAAUUAUCAAUGCUGGAAAGAAGAAUGGCUCAAGGUGCCGAUAAUCAGUCUGCAAUGGUUGAGGAGAGCAUUCAACAUGCUAAGGAAGCUAUAACUUUGGAUGUCAAGGAUGGUUAUUCUUGGUAUAAUCUGGGAAAUGCUUGCUUGACAAGUUUUUUUGUAACUGGAACUUGGGAUCAUAGCAAACUUCUUCAAUCCUUAAAAGCGUACCAAAAUUCUGAGAAGGAUGAAAAAAUGAAGUCAAAUCCGGACCUGUAUUUUAAUUGUGCAACAGUAAACAGAUAUCUAGAGAAUUAUGAUAGGGCUCUUGCUGGAUUUGAAGCUGCUGCCUUGAAGGAUCCAAGUCUCAAUGCAUCUCAGGAGGUUGAAAAGAUGGUCAAUCUUCUUGACAAACUGGAGAAUUUGCUUAGGGGACAUUCCAAGGCAAAAAGACUUGCUUCAUCAACAAUUGGUGCUGUUAAUUUGAACUCCUCGUAUAGAAAGGCCACUAUAGAUGUGCUAUCAGAAGGUCUGAAUAAAGCAGUUGCUGUACAGGGAAAAGUGCUGUUGUUUGUUAAGCAUGAGAAUAUAACCCCCCUUUACUAUUUGGUGUGCGAUUCAAAUCAAAGUUGCUUUGUUCUAUCAGUAUAUGGCAUACGCAACGAUACGAUUAAAGAAGGAGAUCAACUCACUUUGUUGGAUCCUCAUUUUCGCCAGGUCGACUUUUUUUGGAAAGGAAAGUGUUACAAGUUCAAGUCGAUUCGUGUUGAUUUCUUGGAGCAAGUGCUCGUAAACGGAAAAGCUCUUCCCCGUCAUCAGGCCAUUCAAACAUCGAUCUAUGCUCAACAUAAACCAUGAAUAUUGUGUGGAGUUUGAUGAUUAUUUGUGCCUAUUGCUUACAUAAACCAUUUUUAUUUUACUUUUUAUGUUGAUACAUACAGGAAAAGAUGCAGGGCAGUGGAUGUGUGUAAUGGCUAAA